AUGAGCUACUAAAAUUAUGGUUAGUGCAUUUAUCAAUUAAGUAUAUAUGUCUUUGUUAGAAUCUAAAAUGGAUACAUACAUAUGACUAAAUUAAAUAAAAGUAAAUCAAUUUAUAAGCUUAUUCUAAAGUAAAUACUCAUGGAUAAUUUUGUUCAAUAAUUAAUUUCACAGAUUCAUCAAAUUUUAUUGCAAAAAAGUAAUUGGAAAUUUUUUAAUAAAUAGAAUAUUAUUUUUUAUAAUAUAUGGUCAAUCCAAAAGUUUGGACCUUUGCAAAUGACUAUUGAGUUUAUGAUUGAUUGA